AUGGAAUCGGAUUCGAUGUCAGCUCAUCAGGACGAACCUCCCGAGCUUCGCCUCUUCACCCCGUCUGGAUCUCCUCGAGAGGUGAAGAUGGCAGCCGAGCCCAGCACCCCGGAUACGACAGCUUUGAAGCGUUCUCAGCAGAACCAGAUCCCCAAGCUUCGCCUCAUUAUACCUUCUGGGGAUUUCUCCGAAGUCAAGUUGGCAGCCGAGCCCAACACCCCCGAUGAUACCACGGCUUCGAUGUCUGCUCGUCAGGAAAAACUCCCAGGGCUCGUCCCCACUCCUCCCGAGGACCUGGUGGACGUCAAGCUGGCAACUGAGCCCAAUACUCCAGUUAUCGCAGGUUUAAUGUCAACCCAGCUCAAGCGGAUCCCAACCCUCCAUCUUAUCCUUCCUGAUGUGGAUGUCUCGGAAGCCAUGUUCGCAGCUGAGCCCAACACCCCUGAUACCGCAGCCUCGAUGUCGCCAUGUCAACAGCAACAGCCAAAGCUCAGUCUCAUCAUUCCUUAUCGUCCUCAGCCUGACAUCGAGCUGAUAGGUGAACUGGACAACGCGGGUAUGUUGGUACCUACAAGCGACAAGGCACUUGAACAGGACAAUACGGAUAUACUGGCAGCUGCACGCGACAAGGCAGCCGAACUCGGCAAAGCAGCUGGACUCGACAUGGCAGCCAAUCUGCAGCAUGAAUAUUGGAAGCCCGCCAAACGGUUCAAGCUGCCAUUCCGUUGGAAUUAG